AAGAGAUUGAGAAAAUGAAGGAACUAAGUGAACAAAAUCAGAAGUUAAUAGAAGAGAACGAUGUCUACAAGCAGGAGAUAGAUGGUGUAAAAGCAAAGUUAUCUGAAGUUUCAGAAAAACUGUACAAAGGUGAAAUGGACCGAAGGAAGCUACACAAUCAGAUACUGGAGCUGAAGGGGAACAUAAGAGUAUUUUGCAGAGUGCGUCCUCUUCUGCCCAGUGACCACGCUGAGAACCUAGAACAUGUUCAGUUCCCAAAUGAUGAGAAGUCAAUCUUGCUUGCAAGGACUGAAGAGUCUCACAGUGGCAGAGAGAGCAAAGACCAGCGAAAAUACAAGUUUAACUUUGACCGAGUUUUUCCACCCCGCUCGUCGCAACAAGAAGUCUUUCAAGAGAUUUCUCCUCUUGUACAGUCUGCACUUGAUGGAUACAAUGUUUGUAUCUUCACCUAUGGCCAGACUGGAAGUGGAAAGACUUACACCAUGGAAGGUCCAGAUCCACUUGAUGACACCAUGGGGAUAAUACCCCGUGCAGACAUCAGGUCUUUAAUUCAGCUGUGGAGCUUAAAGACCAAGGAUGGAAGGUAA